UCCCGCCUAGCGUCGGGCCGCAAGAACUCACAUUUGAAGCCGUCAGGGAAUUUGUAGUCGAGCAGGCUUGCUCACCCAUAAGAAACCAGCACGCUCUAGCCUCUAACGCACUCUCUGGACCUCCGCGAUACGACCCGCACUGAUUAUUUCCCCCGUCGUCGACGCUGACACGACGACCGCACCCAGCAUCUCAAGAUGGAUGGCAUCGUGGAUUUUUGGAAGCUUCCAUCGCCCGUCGCGUCAAUGUCCACGUCAGACCCUCCGUUCCGGCUAAUCGACUGUCACGCCCACACAUACCCCUCGCAGUUCCCCCAGUGCGACUUCCUCCCUCUCCUUCGCCGCGCAGCCGCCGCGUGUGUCUCCCACAUCGUCACUGUUCCUGAAACCCUAGCCGACGCUCACGAGAUCCUGGCCCUGGCUCGAUCCCAUCCUCUCAUCCUCCCCACAGAAUGCCGAACCGGGGACAUCGACUCGGCAGACCAGACCGAGCCUCCAGUUGGCCGGACCGCGCCUACUUGCUCGGCUCAGCACAACUCGGGCCUUCUCGGUUUGAAAAUCGCUCCUGCUAUCGGGCUGCACCCGGUUCAGCCAGGGCCUUAUCCACCUGACGUGGACGCCACGUCAGCAGGCUUCUUAGAGCCAUCAUCCUCCACGACAUUGUCCCACUCCGUCCAGUUGUGUGAGCUGGAGCCGGUUUUGGCUCUCAUCCGGUCCGAGGCGGAAUCUGGCAUGAAGGGGAGGUCAGGAAUCACACUGCAGGAAACAGGAGAAAGCAACGCUUCAGUAGGCACAGCGGGUAUGGUUUGCAUUGGCGAGAUUGGCCUUGAUUUCAGCCCGAAUGUGGUGGGUAAGUCAACUGGUGGUGAGAGCAGCAGCAGCAGCAAUAGCAAUAGCACCAGCAGCAUUAUUGCCCUGAAAACAGAGGAGCUCAAGGCAGUGCAGAGGGAGGUGUUUCGGCGCCAGCUGUCUCUAGCAGCAGAGCUGAGUCUGCCAGUGAAUGUCCACUCCCGCAGCGCAGGACACCAUGCCAUCGAGGAGCUCGUCCAAUCAGGACUCCCUGCCACGUCAGCAGCGCUGAUGCAUGCGUUUGAUGGGCGGCUGGUGCACGCUGAGCGGGCUGAACGGCAUGGCGGGUUCUUCUUUUCUGUGCCGCCCUCUGUCGUUCGCUCCCCACAGACACAGAAAAUCGUCAAGGGCCUUCCUCUUUCGUGCCUUGUACUGGAGACUGAUUCCCCUGCGCUUGCUCCUGAGAAAGGUGCCAUCAACGAGCCAAGCAACAUUGCGGUUUCGUGCAGGGAGAUUGCUCGCAUUCAUGGUAUUACUGUCGCUGAAGUCGCCAAGACCACAAGCGAGAAUGCUUUGCGGCUAUUUCCACGUCUGAAGCUUUCAUGAAUCUAGUUUUGGUUUGCCAUCUAUCGAGGUACCACAUUUAGCCUUGUUCAUUCUCAAUCGACCAGUAUGCCAAGCGUCGACUUAUCCGCAUCUUGAACACCAUUACU